AUGGACCGUUUUACAGAAGAAGCCUUUUGGAUUAAAGAGAUUUUGCAGGAUUUUUUGGCAAAUAACUCCUGGUUCGGCACCUCAUUGUGCAAUGGCACUCAGAGCAAAUUUCUUAUCUAUGCAUGCCUGCUGCUGUUCUCGGUUUUGCUUUCUCUUCGUCUGGAUGACAAGAUUCAAUGGAGCUAUUGGGCAGUAUUUGCUCCAAUAUGGCUGUGGAAGUUAAUGGUCAUUGUGGGUGCCUCAGUAGGAACUGGAGUAUGGGCACGGAACCCACAAUAUCGAGCAGAAGGAGAAACAUGUGUGGAGUUCAAAGCCAUGUUGAUUGCAGUAGGCAUCCAUUUAUUACUGCUGAUGUUUGAAGUGCUUGUCUGUGAUGGAAUUGAGAGAGGAACACGCUAUUGGCUUCUAGUCUUUAUGCCGCUGUUCUUUGUGUCACCGGUAUCGGUGGCUGCAUGUGUGUGGGGCUUUCGCCAUGACAGAUCUCUGGAGCUGGAAAUCCUGUGUUCCGUAAAUAUUUUGCAAUUCAUCUUCAUUGCUCUUCGUCUGGAUGAAAUUAUCAAGUGGCCAUGGCUCGUUGUCUGUGUUCCUCUGUGGAUCCUGAUGUCAUUCCUGUGUUUGGUUGUACUGUAUUACAUUGUCUGGUCUGUCCUAUUCUUACGCUCAAUGGAUGUGAUUGCUGAACAAAGGAGAACACAUAUAACAAUGGCUAUCAGUUGGAUGACAAUCGUGGUUCCAUUACUCACCUUUGAAAUACUGCUCGUGCACCGACUGGAUGGCCACAACACGUUUUCAUAUAUACCUAUAUUUGUUCCUCUUUGGCUUUCACUGAUAACUUUAAUGGCAACAACAUUUGGACAGAAAGGUGGCAAUCACUGGUGGUUUGGAAUUCGCAAAGACUUCUGUCAAUUCCUACUUGAAAUUUUCCCCUUCCUAAGAGAAUAUGGAAAUAUUUCCUAUGAUCUGCAUCAUGAAGACAGUGAAGAAACAGAAGAAACCCCUGUCCCAGAACCUCAAAAAAUAGCUCAAAUGUUUCGAAAAAAGACUGGUGUUGUCAUUACUCAAAGUCCUGGGAAAUACGUUGUGCCACCUCCCAAACUAAACAUUGAUAUGCCAGAUUAGAAACAAACUCAGAAACAAUUGUGGUACCCAGCCAGGAAUUUCC